AUCUCAACCCCGACUCUUCCCAAUACUCCAAUCUCUCGCACUCUCUCUCUCUCUCGACACUCUCCCAUCCCUUUCUCCUCUUUUUCAGCUUCUCUUUGCGGAGACGAGCUUCUGGGAAAUCUGGUUGGAAGCGGUGCGUUUCGGGCGCAGGUUUUGGGACUCGGGAAAUGUUGUGGCUUUGUUCAGAGAACGUUCUCUCGGCGGUGGUUUCUUCAAUUCAGUGGCAUUUCGGUGCUGCAAGCCGUAUGUGCUGACUUUCAGGGAAGUCUAUGCUCUAUCAAUUGUGGGGCCUUUUUCCAACUGCUGUGACCAAUCUGUUGGAUCUUACUAGGCUGUACAAUAUCUCAAUUCUUAUCAUCAAAUGAGCUCAGUAGUGUAGCAAACCUCCAUGCUAGGUAAUUGUUGGGUUCAAUUUUCGAAAUUCACUUUCAGAAGUGGGUGUUAGAGGCAAGUGUUUGCUAUGUUCAAGGGUUUUAGUAUUUCACUGUCUUAGUGAGCAUAGAUUUCAGAAGUCAAGAAAAAAGGAAGGUGGACAGCAAAGAUGGUGGUGGCCUCGGGAACCAAUUCCUUUUCCAAGGAAAUGACCAUAAGAAGGAGGAUUGCCAGCAUAUUCAAUAAACGAGUAGAGGAUUUUCCAUCCUUGAGAGAAUACAAUGAUUACUUGGAGGAAGUUGAGGACAUGACAUUCAACUUGAUUGAAGGAAUAGAUGUUCCUGCUAUUGAAGCCAAAAUUGCAAAGUAUCAGGAAGAAAAUGCUGAACAAAUAAUGAAUUCUCGAGCUCGUAAGGCUGAAGAGUAUGCAGCAGCUCUAGCAGCAAGUAAGGGUCAUCCUAUGCAAACUGAUACUGAUGGGGCCAUGGACCAGAGCUCUCAGGGAGGAUUUGGUGUCGGUGCACAGGGACACUAUGCACCAGCAAUUGCUGGGGGUGCACUUGCACAGCCCCGACCAACACAACCUGUGCCACUUGGAGGGGGGCCUGACAUGCAGGGAUAUUCUGGUGAUAAUGAAGAAAUGAUGAGGCUCCGUGCAGAGAGAGGAGGCAGGGCGGGAGGGUGGAGUGUGGAGCUAAGCAAGAAAAGGGCACUUGAGGAAGCCUUCAGAAGCAUCUGGAUCUGAUUUCUCACUGAGCACUGCUAUUGUGUGUAUUUGGUAAACUCAUCCUUGCUGUGAUUAAGGCAACCAAUAUUUUGCUCGGAUUCUGAGAUAUGAGCCAGAAUCUGGGACUUUACCUAAAAGCAGCAUUUAUGCCCAUGUAGACCGUCUCCCAUGAAUUUUUGUAAAUGUAAGGUUCAUAGUAUUUCCCCUUGUCCAAUGAAUCUAUGAUACUAUAAUAGUUUCUUUUCUGAAUACAGUAAUCCUUGACCUAGAAAGGUUUUUUAAACAAUUUCCAGUGUGGUGUCUCAGUCUAAUGAGUAGACUGGAAUCUCACUUGUUGGAAUCAUUGUGCUGCUUUUUCAUGACAACAGAAAUGGCUGCUGCAGUUUGCUA